CCGCCACGCUCUCUUUGAAUGGGGGCGCUGGAGCAAUCUGCCUGCCUGUCAACCGUCUUUGUUCAAACUGAUCUGGCUUCUCCCCCGGAGCUUAUUGAGCACCUAAAGGUGGCCAGCGCGCACCCGUCACCCACGGAGCCUAAGGAUGAGGCGCCCUUCGACCACUCACUGAAGUCAAGCUGCAGCAAAGAGCGGCCUAAGAUGGCGCUUCCACGGUGUGCAGCCGGGCAACACAUCUUCUUGGCUCUCGUAUUGCUGCACUGCUUUGGCUUUGGUGCAUCUUCCACCAUAGUUAACAUGCGUAGGAUCACCCAUCCUACUGUACAGCAGCCACUAGCAGGUGAAGCCGUCCUCCCCUGUGUCUUCACCCUGCAAGCCAGCUCAUCCAGUCAGCCUGUCCGCCUCCUGUGGACUCUCAUCAGGCUUCCAGCAGGCGGACAGAGCGCCGCUCUGGAGCAUAUUGUGCUGACUGCUGAAGGUGAUGUAAUCAAGGUGAAUAAGGCUUUCAGUGGCCGUGUCAGACUGCCAGGAUACACUGCCAAUCCCCUCAAUGCUACCAUGGAGAUCACCAGUCUCCGUACCAACGACUCAGGCACUUACCACUGUAAGGUUGUCAUGGGCGACGACUACGAGAGACACGCCGUGCCCCUGGUGGUCUAUGGUGUGGUGUUUCACUACCAGGCACACAGCGCCCGUUACGCCCUCUCCUUCGCAGAUGCCAAGCGAGCCUGCCAGGAGAACUCUGCCCAGGUGGCAACAUCGGCCCAGAUGUGGGCCGCAUUCUACGACGGUUUUGCCAGCUGUGCAGCCGGCUGGUUGGACGAUCAGACUGUCCGCUAUUCUGUCCAGUCUACUGAGCUUGACUGUUCUGGACAUCAGGAGUACUCUGCUGGAGUGAGGAAUUAUGGGAAGAGGGAUCCGAAAGAGUUGUUUGAUGUGUACUGUUUCGCAAAAGAACUGGAUGGUGAGGUAUUUCACGCAUCGGUCCCUGGCAGGUUGUCGCUGUCUUCAGCCUCAGACCGCUGUGUGUCCCUGGGUGGUCAGCUGGCCACAGUGGGACAGCUUUAUCUGGCCUGGAGGGCCGGCCUGGAUAGCUGUGCCCCCGGUUGGCUUUCUGACAGCAGUGUACGCUACCCGGUCAGCCGCUCUCGUCCGGACUGUGGAGAGAGCAAAGCUGGAGUCCGCACCGUGACGCCAAACGUCACAAGUGACAACGCCACAGCGCUGUAUGAUGCAUACUGCUAUAGAGGGAAAGUGAAGAACACGGAUACCAUCUCACAGAUCUACACCUCCCUGUGGAAGCCCUGGAGCUACCUCACAGGCCCAAGUACUGAGUCCACAGGGACAAAUCCAGAUCCAGCGAGUACACCGCCAACUAUUACUCCCAAAGGAUCCACAGAUGACCACUUAACGUCUAACUGGACUGGAUUGGUGGACCUUGAAGAGGAGGAUUCCCUUCAUGGUGUUAAUGCUUCAGCGUCCGACCCCUGGUCCUCAGAGUCAUCGGAAUCUUACGUGACUCUUCAGGUGAUUCCAGGUCAAAGCGUCGACUGGGGGGAACCAUUUGAGCCCGACUCGCCUGAGUUUCUCCGACCCCCUGUGGUUCCAACACCUGCUGAGAAGAAGGUGUUCUCAGGGAUUGUCAAGUCCUUUUGGAAGCCUUGGAACUACCUGGUAGGAACUGGUGAUGGUGAGGAGGCAGGAAGUGUAACCCCAAAAUGGCUAGCAAGUGAAGACAUGGCAAAAAAGAAGGAUGAAGAGAAUUUGUCCAGUACGACAUCAUCGGGUUUCUUCUCUUGGGGAAGUUCCGCAUCCAGUGGUCCCUCAAAGCAGGACACAACCGCACUUAAUGAAGAAUCAGCAACUGGUCCGGCGUCUUCUUCUCCUGCCUCUAAUAAUUCCGUGACAACAGGGGGAACCACCAGUGCGGCGACACCAGAGUCACAUCUCUCCACCACUUCCAAUUCAGCCCUUCAAACAGCAUCAUCCAGCAUGGAAGCCAUGUGGGUUCGUGUGGACGUUGAGACCACCACCCAAUCCAGUGAGAAGAAGGCCGUCACCGUGAGCUCUCGUUCCACUUCCAGAGGAGGCCGGGGCCGAGGGAAGAAGAACAGAGGGGAGGAGAGAAACAGAGGAGAAGAUAAGAGCAGAGGAGAUUAUGAAGGAAGUGGUGAGAUUACUGCUGCAGAGGCCAAGGGGGAGAUACAAGUUUCCAGACGGCCAGUUGGAACCAGCAAACCAAGGGAAAGGUCCAGAUCUAGAGAAAGGGGUCACAGGAAAGGACAGACCACCACCACAACCAGGAGCACCACCACGAUGGCUGUCAGCACAUCUGAACCCACAGUGAUGUCCACAACUCGGGAGGAGAAUGUUGACUCAUCAACAAGCACACACUCCACCACCAUGCCAACUGAUACCCAAUCCCUGUCUGACCAACCAUACUUGGAGGUCUCAUCUUCUUCAUCAACCUCACCAUCAAUCCUUGUCAGAUCAUCCACAUCUCCAUCCUCUUCUCCAUCUCCAUCACCAGCCCAGUCUGAAACAUCUCUCUCCCCUUCAGCAUCACCCUCUUCCUUACCUCCAUCCCCUUCACCAACAACUAUAUCUGAAGGCACCCCUCCAUCUCCUUCCUCCUCGAACAACCACAACAGUUCCCAAACAUUGCUGGAAUGGGUUUCACUGGAGAGAGUGGUGGUCCUGAAUGUCUCUGUGGAAACUCCUCCCGAAGAGGAGGAGCCCGCCUGGUCUCAAACAGUGGGCUCGGGGUCCAUUUUACCUGGCAACAUGGAGGAGGAGAGCAGCAGGUUGAACGUCAGCAACGUCACUCAGGUUGCAGCUGUGGAACCCUGCGUGACAAACCCGUGUCUGCAUGGAGGAAAGUGCCUUCCUCAGGGAACAGGCUACAGCUGCUACUGCCCACAAGGCUACGCGGGGGAGAACUGUGAGAUUGAUGUUGACGACUGCCAGUCAGAACCAUGUGAAAAUGGAGGCACUUGCAUCGACAAGAUUGAUUCUUUCCUCUGUCUUUGCCUGCCCAGCUAUGGAGGAGACACAUGCGAGAAAGACAUAGAGGGCUGCGAUCAUGGCUGGAGGAAAUUCCAUGGCCAUUGCUACAGGUACUUCACCCACAGACACACGUGGGAGGAUGCAGAGAAAGACUGCAGAGAACAUAGCGCCCAUCUGAGCAGCGUCACCACCGCCAAUGAACAGGAGUUUAUCAAUGGUCUGGGUCAUGACAACGCCUGGGUGGGUCUGAAUGAUCGCACUGUCGAAGAUGAUUUUCAGUGGACUGACGGCAGUGAACUGGUAUACGAAAACUGGCGGGAGAGCCAGCCAGAUAACUUCUUUGCGGGAGGUGAGGACUGCGUGGUGACCAUUGCUCAUGAGGAUGGCAAAUGGAACGACGUGCCCUGCAACUACAAUCUGCCCUACAUCUGCAAGAAGGGAACAGUGCUGUGUGGGACGCCACCUGCUGUGGAAAACGCCCACUUGGUAGGUCGGCGGAGGUCACACUAUGACAUCCAUGCAGUGGUCCGCUACCAGUGCUCGGAGGGCUUCUACCAACGCCACAUUCCCACCGCACGCUGCAAGGCUGAUGGAAGCUGGGAGCGACCCAGGAUAAUCUGCACGAAAUCCCGACGCUCACACCGAUACCGGCGCCAUCAUCACAACCAGCGGCGCGAGCGCCGAGGUCACAGGAGACACGGCGAGGGCCACAAGGCCCGAGAGGACGCACGCAGCUACAACUGAACCAAAUAACAUCACGCCUGCUAAUGCCAAGGUGCUACUGUGGCGCAAGUUCACGCAAGAAAAACAACACACCACUUUCUCUUUUUCUGCUUCUAGCUGACAUGGAGUUGAUCUCGUUAAUAACCGCACCAACUUUGGCUGUUUUGAUGCUUGAUUUUCACUUUUUUCUUUAACCAAGGUCCAAUGCGAACACUAACGGCUACACUAGAUCUCACGCUCCCUAUAACCUUUCUGUACAGUGAUCCCACCCCUCUCCAGUGGCGACAGUGUGCGCAUGUAAGAGAGAAACUUUCUUUUUUGUUGUUUGUGUAAUAUGAAAAACACCCAUGUAGUAUUCUGUUUACAAAGCACACACACACACACACACACACACACACGCCAUUGAUGCAAGCUAGCCUUCAGUUGUCUUUUGUACAUACGCUGCAGCACAGCUGAUACAUUUUCAUCUAACUGAUGUGCUUUUUUUCUAAUAUUUGCUCGCUUUUGUGUCAUGUUCUAUUUAUUACUAGUGAAGAUACGCUUAUGUUUGGGUUUUUUCCCACUUCUUUUUUCUAACCCAAGUUCUGCAUACAAUCAGCCCGGAACAUGAAUCGGUCUCUUAUCUGAGUGUUGUACAUAUUGUGGUGUUUACUGGAUGAUGUGGAAUCAAUAAAUAGCUGGACCUUGUCCAGUCAGAUAGAGCUCCUCAAGCACUCUCCGAGUGUCAUUGACAGCUUGACCGAUUGAUAAUGUGGGCAGGAUUAUUUCACUCCACUUCAUUGUACCUAAAUUGCUUCAAACUACUUCCAGUCAUUCAUUGCAUGGCUAUAUUUACUAGAAUGUGCCAAGUUUUGUUAGGUUUUUUUUUUUUUUGUCUUUGAUAUUCGAAGUCUUCUGCCUUUGUUGGUGUUCUUAUGACUUUUUCGUCCCGCUGUUGUGUUUCAUUCUUAAUAAAGAGAAAAUUGUACAUCAUUU